UUAACUGUCUGGCUCUAGCCAGUUCGCGUACGGAACGCUUAUAAUGGCGCAGCUCAAGUUCUUAAGUCCCCUGGUGAAAAUAUUGGUAAAGAGUUCUGGAAUCGGAAAAGCAAGUGUUUGGCACGCUGUGAUCGUGACCUUUAUGCACUACUUUGCCUGGGGUCUGCUUACAGUGCCGUUCAUCGAGAAACUCUCGAUAUCCUUUGGAAAUCGCGUACUUCUCAUCGAUGGACUGGUUUAUGGAGUUCGAGGAAUCCUAGGCUUUGUCACCACCCCUGUGAUGGGCGCCAUUUCCGAUUUCCGGGGUCGGAAAGUGGUGAUGCUGCUGGCUGUGGCCACCACCUUCUCACCGAUUCCAUUCAUGAUGCUAAAGAGCUGGUGGUUCUUCGCCAUACUGACCGUGAGCUCCGUUUGCGGCAGCACCUACUCCUCGUCCCUGUCCUACGUGGCGGACGUGACCAGUGUGGAGGACCGAUCGAAGGGAUAUGGCAUUGUGGCGGCCAGCUUUGGUGCUGGCAUAGCCUUCUCCCCACUUUUGGGCAACUUCCUAAUGAAUUUCUGUGGAGCCGGAUCGGUUAUUUUGCUGGCAACCGUGAUUGGAUUGAUAAACAUUGUGUUUAUAAUCUUCGGUGUGCCGGAAAGCCUAGUGCUGAAAGAUAGUAGCCUUAAAUUGGAGGAGACGAAUGAUAAUCGAAUGCGUAUAAAGGAAGAUUGGAACCAGAGAAUUAAAGAAGAGGAUUAUGAGGAAGCCAUGUAUAAUCCCAAUAUCUUAAACAACCCGAAUUUAAGGCCCAUUGAGAAUGAGCUGCCUAGAAACAAUAUAAAACCAACCGACGAAAUAAAAGAUACUACCACCUCAGACCUUUGGGAAGUGCUACGCAAAAGUCGUAAGGAUAAAAACCUGUUGGUGAUAUACCUCAUAACAUUCCUAUCAAUUUGUCCCUUUUCGGGCGUAGAUUCCACUGCUCCGGUAUACCUAAAAACCAAUAUGGGAUUUGAAUAUAAAGAGGUCUCUAUGAUGUUGGGUUUGCUGUCUGUGCUGGCGAUAACAUCGAAUCUCCUUCUGGGGUAUCUUAUGAAGCUAGUGGGUGCCAAGGGGUCGAUCCGUUUGGGCUUGUUCCUCCUGCUGUUGCAGCUGCUGUGCUUUGGCUUUGCAACCAGGCAUUGGAUGUACUGGACAAGCAGCAUAUUUGCCGCCUUAGCCACAAUUAUUCCAGCCGCCAAUAAUGCGGUGGCUUCGAUUUAUGCCAGUCCCGAACAUCAGGGGGCUGUCCUUGGGAUUAUCUCUGGAAUCGAGUGCUUGAGCGAGGGUGUCGGUCCCGCUUUCUUUGGAGUACUCUUCUACCUUUUCCAGAGGGAUUCAACGAAUACUCAACCUAUUCCAGCACCUUUUGUCAUAAGUGCCAUUGGAGUCUUUGUGGCCCUCAUCCUGACCACUUUAAUUAAAAAGGAAACUCUUGAAAAGGAAGCAAAAGUCUACAAGAUCUCCGAUGAGACGACGGUGGAUGAGGAUGAACUGGAACCGCUAACGAAAAUGGACUUCUGUAAAGUCAAAAAAAAUGACGGUUAUGUUAAAUUAGAGAUAGAUGACUACUAUGAUUCAGACUGUAAGGGACGUAGCUUUCAAAAAAUAUAAUACUACGAUAAAAUUAAAUUUUUAAACUUUCA